GGAAAGCAGACCUAAAGAUAUGCUUUGUUGUGUGAAGAUGAGGAAAUCAUAUCUGGUUCUGGCUUUGUUUAUGUUGUCCCUACAUAUGGAAGCUUUGCCUUCACUAGUUCCUCAACAAUUUCUCAGACAGAUAAGAAACAAAAAAUGGAGAUACCUUUUAGCCAUAUACUGUUGUUCUUUGUCGUCCUGGUCUCGAGUCAUGAUCCGAAAUCCAAUCUGUUCUGUUCUGCUGAUCCAACGGAUGGUUUCACUGAGGUACCUUUGACAGAUGCAAACAUUGAGCUGCAAAGGCCUUACAACAUUCCUCUAGAGGAGCGCUACAGCUUCGUGGAUGGGGUGCGCAAGUUGUGGGUCUAUGCCGACGACAAGCCCCACGAUCCAAACAGUUAUACUCAACCACGCACAGAAGUUCGGAUCAAAGGUCUAGACUACUCGUCCGGAGUCUGGCAAUUCGAAGGAUAUGGUUUCGUGCCCAAUGGGACAUCCGGCGCUACAAUAGCCCAAAUACACGGUGCAGCUCACGGAGCGACUACCCUCAUACUGAGGAUCUACGAUGGGGAUAUGCGGUACUACAGCGGGAACCUCAUCGCCACCGGCCUGUACGACAGGUGGUUCAGGCUUAACAUAAUCCACGACGUCGAUGGAGGGGAAGUGACCGUGUUUCUCAACGGGAAUCAAGUGUUCCAAGUGGCCGACAAAGGGCGGGGUGAUCUGUACUUCAAGUGCGGAGUGUAUGCGGCGCCGUCCAACAUAAGCUACUACAUGGAAUCGAGGUGGAGAAACAUCAAAAUCUACAAGAAGUGAAGUUUGCAAAAUUUGGCUUGCUAAUAAGUCCUGUCCGAGUGAUUGUUGCCUUUGAGAAUCCUAAGGAUUUGUCUCAGAUCACUAUGAAUAUGAGCAGUGACAUUAGCAAUAAGAUCCUCCCCUUAUGUUUAGAAGAUAAUUCCUGCCAGAGAAUGCCGCCGUUCCCAAAACUCAGC